AUGGAGGCGGGGAAAGCAGGCUCAAUUCUUAAAGGAGGACACCAGCGGCAGAGGCGAAAGUCUAUCUCGAUUCUCGAAGGUGGAGGUCGGUAUCGAUUAUCGAAGGCGGAAGCCGGGGGCGGAGGACGAAGGCGAAGGUCGGUCUCGAUUAUCGAAGGCAGACAGAGGCAGAGGUUGGAUGAAGCGAGACGGACGUUGGGCCAGGCCUGCUUGCAAGUUGCAAGUCCAGUCUCCAGCACGUUCUCACUCCCCGUUCCCACGUGCGACGCCUCAAACGUAACUCUUGAGAAGAAGAAGCAGAAAGAGUGUAGUAGAAGAAGAAGAACUAAGAUGUUUUACUCGAACACGUUCUUGGCGAGGAAGGGCCCGUUGGGCACCGUUUGGUGCGCGGCCCAUUUGCAGCACAAGCUCAGAAAGCCGCAGUACCUAUCCACCAACGUCCCCUCCACAGUUGAACGAAUAAUGCACCCUGAAGUGCCAAUUGCACUGAGAAUAACUGGCCAUCUUUUGCUUGGAGUUGUGCGAAUAUACUCCAAACAAGUUGACUAUCUUUACGAAGACUGCAAUGAAGUACGAAUAAUGAUUAAUAGGGUCUACACAACUGUUAAUGUCAAUCUUCCACAUGAUGCGACUCAUGCACAGGUUCAGGCUGUAACAUUGCCAGAUAAAUUCAAUCUCGACACGUUGGAAUUAGAUGAUCAUUAUAAUGACUGGAGCAAGGAUUCUCAUUUUAAGAGCUGGGAUGACAUAACUUUGAAAGAGCAAAUUCCAACUGGAAAAGAUCCAUACAUUGUCAUCACUUUCGACGAGAUUCGGAGGGAUACAUUGCAAAUGGAAGAUAAUUUGGAAACUGGGCCGACUCCAAUGGACGAAGAUGUCCUUUUAAAUGAUCCCUCUUCCAAUAACCAAAUAUCGGCUGAUGAUAUAAAUAUUGAGCACAAAACUCCUCAAAAGUCGCCUAGUAUUGAAAUCAUGCGUGAUGCGGCCCCCGAUUUCGGUUUCAACAAUUCGCCUAUACUGCCAGAUCGUGCAGCUCCCGACAGAUUUCUCGAGGAGCAGAUAAAUAAAGAUAAGGAGACUUUUACACCAGCUACAAAAGAAAUGCCGUUAACCGAUGUUCGAUUUUCAUCACCUCGUAAUAAGUUUCCUGAAGAAGAAGAAGAUGAAAGGCAUUCUCUUGGGCAGUUGAACUCCCCAACUCCUUUUGUCCACCAAACUCCGGUAAUGGAAAUCCAGCAAACUCCAGUGGUUUUACAACCGAGAGUAAGGAAGAAGAGUCUGAAGAGAAAGCAGUUUUUUGAUGAGGUCACUGUACUGAGCAACGAGCUCAUCCAAGAUGCUCUAAACCACACGAGUGAUAUCUGUCGGAUUAAGAGGAACUGCCCUUCAUCGUCUCUUUCCAUGUGGAAAUACAACAACAUGCUACGAUUAAGAACGAAAGAUAAUAAAUUCGAGCCCUUCAUAAAUGGAGCUUGUGACGAUUUGCUAGCUGUAUAUAAAGAAGAUAUAAUAAUCCCUGCCAGGUUUCAACUUGACCCCACACAAGAAACCCAUCAAGAAAUGAAUCAAACAAAUAGUCACAUCGAAAUCGAAAUUCUUCGUAAUAACAAAUGCCCCUCGCCAGAUAGGCAUAUGCUGUCUUUCUCCACGGCUAUUCCUUCUCCGAGUGGCAAAAUUUUUUUAACUCCAGAAAACUCCGAUUUGGGCUUGGGCUCGGAACGUGAAGAGGACAGGCAUUUGCAGACAAUGGACACGGGCCCGUCUCGAAAUUUUGAUUCAGAUAUUAUGCAAACUCCCGACACAUUUGACGAAAUCGGGUUCAGAGCCGAGCACACGGCCCUUUCUGACAUUCCUGAGCUGGUGCCUUCAGCCGGAGAGCUCGGUUUUCUCGAACAAGACGAUUUUUCUCCACUUGGAUCUCAAGGAACACCCAAAGUUGGAAUCUUUUCACAGUAUCUUGGAACUCCGGAGCUGCACGCAUUGUCUUCACGAACAAGAGCUGUGGCUCAGUACUUGCAAAGGCAGUCAUCAGUUACCCCUAUCGAUGAAAAUUCAGACGAAUCGCCUGAGCUGAGUUUGGACAAGAUUCUUCAAGGAAAGCCUCGAAAAGUCUGUACUCGAAUGUUCUUCGAAACUUUGGUCUUGAAAACUCAUGGACUAGUCGAUGCACGUCAAGAGAAUCCGUAUGGCGAUAUCACUUUGAAAGUGACUCCUAACCUCUCUAAGGGGAAGUUCCCUGUCUAA